AUGUCUUCAGAUACCAAUCAAUCCAAUAGUGUUGUUGUCGUCAAUAGUGUCAACACUUCAGGGACUGGUAAUCAAGUCCUCAACGACGAUGUCUUAAUCCAUAUCUUUGGUAAUCUAUCCACCAAUGAGUUGUUACGGAUUAAGAAGGUUUGCCAUCAGUUCAGCGCUUGUGUUGGAAGUGCUCUGAAGAUGCGAAAGACGUUAUCCAUUGGUGGCAAUAGUGGUGAUGAUGUGGGCGAUUGGUUCCGUGUCGUGGAUUACAUUGACUACAAACACAACCGAUUGUCUGCCAUAAGUCGCCAGAAGUACUACGAUUUGGUGGCAAACUAUUGCACUCUGAAGUCGAUACUCAAGAUGUGUCCCAACAUUGAGUCCUUGUAUUUGGCGGACACUCGUAUGGAUUACCUCACACUGGAUCUGAUUAUCACUGGAUGUCCUCAGUUAAGACAUCUAGCACUCGAUGGUAUCGGAUAUCUGUUGAAUGAUAACUUCGUGUCCAAUAAGUUUGAGACAUACGGUGAUCAGGCGUUGGACACCAUCUGUCGCUUCUGUAUCGAAAAGAUGGUCAAGAAGAAUGAGUUCACGCUUUACAUGAGUCCAGAAGUAGUCAAAGGAGUUGUCGACCAAUCGGUGGCAAUGAAUGUCUGGAUUCCCGACAACUUCCACAUCAAACCCUUGCAAAUGAUGGCUCACUCGCAGUGA